AUGUCGGGCUCGGCAGCAGUGGUGUCCGACGAAGUAUCCGAACCGGACGAGGAUGACGAAAAUAGAACAAAUGUGAAUUGCAACAAAGAUGCUACGGAAAAUGAGACACUGACGAGGUUUGUUCCUUCGUUGUCCUCGCUUUCAUCGAAAUACCUCAUUUUCAAUUGA